AUGACUGGAGCUGAAAGAUUCAUCCUGAUUGGCUGUCUGCUGCAAGGGGCCCUGAGCAGAGAGAUAACGGGAGACUUGCUGAAGAAGAACUGCACCACAGUUCUGGACAACAUCCCAGCAGAUUACAGUGAUAAUUACUUCUUCAGGUUUGAGUGCCCCAAUGAUCUGAAAUGGUAUUUUGGAUCAUCCAUCCGGAUUGAUGUCACAGACUCUCCACCUAAACCCAAGUUAACCCCAGUGAAGGUGGAGGUGACAGAAGGGACCUCUGUGAGUUUGACCUGCUCUGCUGCAGCCCCCUGUCCCAAACUCCCCCCAACUCUGACAUGGACCCCCAGACUGAAUGACAGUGUGGAUCAGCUGCAGGAGAAUGAGGAUCAAACCAAAUCUGUGUCUUCUGUUCUGACCUUCACUGCUUCACACCUCCUCCAUGGGCAGAAGAUCAGCUGCACUGCACUUUACAAACUGCAGCAAGGAGACGGAGAGAAGAAGUCUGAACAGAGUCUGACUGUCAAUGUUCUGUAUUCCCCAAAGAACACCUCUGCGUCAGUGAGUGCCUCUGGGUCAGUGAUGCUGGGCAGCUCUGUGACUCUGACCUGCAGCAGUAAUGCCAACCCACCAGUGCAGAGCUACACCUGGUAUAAAGUGAAUGGGACAGAGAUGCAGACUGUAGGGUCUGGACAGAAUCUCACCUUCAAUGAGACUGAGCCCAGUGACAGUGGACAGUACUACUGUGAAGCACAGAAUGACCAUGGCAUGGAGAACUCAACAACAGUCAGUCUGGAUGUAACAUAUUCCCCAAAGAACACCUCUGCGUCAGUGAGUGCCUCUGGGUCAGUGAUGCUGGGCAGCUCUGUGACUCUGACCUGCAGCAGUAAUGCCAACCCACCAGUGCAGAGCUACACCUGGUAUAAAGUGAAUGGGACAGAGAUGCAGACUGUAGGGUCUGGACAGAAUCUCACCUUCAAUGAGACUGAGCCCAGUGACAGUGGACAGUACUACUGUGAAGCACAGAAUGACCAUGGCAUGGAGAACUCAACAACAGUCAGUCUGGAUGUAACAUAUCCUCCUAAAAGCACCUCUGCCUCACUGAGUCCCUCUGGGUCAGUGAUGCUGGGCAGCUCUGUGACUCUGACCUGCAGCAGUAAUGCCAACCCACCAGUGCAGAGCUACACCUGGUAUAAAGUGAAUGGGAAAGAGAUGCAGACUGUAGGGUCUGGACAGAAUCUCACCUUCAAUGAGACUGAGCCCAGUGACAGUGGACAGUACUACUGUGAAGCACAGACUGACCAUGGCAUGGAGAACUCAACAACAGUCAGUCUGGAUGUAAAGUACCUGCCUCAGAUCUCUGCCUCCCAGAGCUGCAUCAUAAGUGCAGCAGGGAUCAGCUGCUCCUGUGAGAGCCGUGGGAAUCCCUCUCCCAGCAUGGAGUGGCGUGUGUCUGGAGUGCGGGUCACUAACUCUACUGACAGAGUCAUCAGGGAGGAGCAGCUGGGGAGCGCUGGCCUGAGGAGCUCCCUCACCAUGCGCCACUCAGAGAGAGACACGCUCACUCUUCUCUGCCUCAGCACCAACACUCUCGGCUCCUCCAGCCUCCAGCUCCACCUCCCGUGUUCAGAGACUCACUCAGGUUGUCCAGAAGGCUGA